UCCCUCCGCCCCCUCACGCCGCCCCGCCGCGCUCCUCUCUCUCUCCCUCACACACACACAUACACACACACAACACGCCAGCCCGGAGCCAUGCCGAAGAGAAAGGCUGAAGGAGAUGCCAAGGGCGAUAAGGCCAAAGUUAAGGAUGAGCCACAACGGAGAUCGGCGAGGUUAUCUGCUAAGCCUGCUCCUCCAAAGCCAGAGCCUAAACCUAAGAAGGCAGCUCCAAAGAAGAGCGAGAAGUUGCCCAAGGGAAAGAAGGGGAAGGCUGAUGCUGGCAAGGAGGGAAACAACCCUGCAGAAAAUGGAGAUGCCAAAACAGACCAGGCACAGAAAGCUGAAGGUGCUGGUGAAGCCAAGUAAAAAUGUGUGAAUUUUUGAUAACUGUGUACUUCUGGUGACUGUACAGUUUGAAAUACUAUUUUUUAUCAAGUUUUAUAACAAUGCAGAAUUUUGGUUUACUUUUUUUUAAGCUAUGUUGUUAGCACACAGACCGCUUCGUUGUUGUGUUGGGGGGAGGGUGGUGGGGACAGUGGGGACAAAUGUCAUUUAGUCUAUUUCUCAGAACCUAAAUUUUAAUAAGAAAAAGUUUUCCAGGUCCCCCAGUUUAAGGAAGAAGCACUCUUCCUGAAUAAAGAAGGAAGAGAUUCCUUCAUGCUGCACACUGUUCAGUCUGUGAAGUGUGUCUGAGUGCACACAGAAGCUCCCAAGAUGCCAACUCCAAACCGCGGUUCUUAAUGACCUCUGUGUUUCCUUCCUCACCUUCUUUGUUUGCCCAGAGCCUGUCACUCCAAAGCACAGCAAAACUUGGCAUUUUGGGAUGUGUCUCACUCUGAAUGCACUGUCAGGUGAUCCGGACUUGUGGUGUUCAUUUUGGGAUGCAAUGGCUCCAGGAGGAGCCACGCUUCCUCUUUUACCUUGUGAAUCUUCAGAUAAGAAACCUGCAUUUUAGGGUUUUUUUUCCUCUCAAAAGUCAGGGUAGGUUUGUGAAGAGUUGUUAAACAACAUGCUAAAUGUGAAAGUGUCCACCCUCACUCUAAACUUUUCCCUCUACGAGUAUGAAAUGAAGAUUCUUCUGGUUUAUAGCAACUUUUACGUUCUGGUAGCCCAUGAAGGGAGGGGAGUUCGACAGUUGUUGUAAAAUGUUGCAGAUUGUAGCCCAUGUCCUGCCUAAAUUUCAUGAUUGUUUAUGAAAAGUACCUUUAAUAAAGCUGGAUACGGUUUGGCUUGGACUGUUCUUGA